AUGUCUUUUAUCAUUUUGCCUGUGUCAGAUACGCAAACUUCAAUUGGCCCAAUAGUAUCCUGAUUUGUUUAAAUAUUCCUUGCGUCAGGGUAUCAUGCUAAACAAUGGGAAUAACAAGCAACAAUAUUAGAAGUCGUGAAUAAUACUACAAUCGUGCAUGUAUAGAAAGCGACUGUAAGUCAGACAGGAGUAGUGAGGACUUCUGUAAGUCAGACAGGAGAUAGUGAGGACUUCUGUAAGUCAGACAGGAGAUAGUGAGGACUUCUGUAAGUCAGACAGGAGAUAGGGAGGACUUCUGUAAGUCAGACAGGAGAUAGUGAGGACGUCAGUCUUUGAUUGUGAUGUUUUCUGGUCAUUACUUUAUUUGAUCUGUGCAAAUAACUGAGUUGGAUCGCUUGUUGACAAAAUGAAAGUCAUCACUAUAUUCACUCGCUGUUUCCUGUACACUAUUUUGUGUACUUUGUCAAAAGCAGAUGUAAAACCCCAGUGCUACACGAUGGAAGUUUCACUUGACAACAAGAUGUCGAAUGUCAGCCUCAUGGCAAUACAUCAUUCGGAAUAUUUCACUAAAUGUUCCGCUAUGUGUGGUCAACUUUGCGCAUGCUUUGGCUUUAAUCCCCAACAAAAGAAGUGUCGCAUUCAUCAGUCAUGCGACCCAGCAGACAUGACCAUUAAUGAAAAAGGUUGGAGGAAUUUUUAUCCUGACGUGCGUUAUCUGCAUAAAAGUUGCAUGGAGAUUCUACAAAAUGACGCAGACGUGAAAGACAAAGAUGGGGUAUAUUCGAUAAAUGUCAAUAAUCAGAAAAAGAGUGUGUACUGUGAUAUGACUACCGAUGGAGGGGGUUGGACGGCUAUCCAAAAACGGCAGGAUGGAUCUACUGAAUUUUAUAGGACUUGGGCAGAUUACAAGAGGGGUUUUGGACAUCCAUCCAAAAACUACUGGAUUGGAAACGAUGCAAUUCACAAUUUGACAAAGACAAAUCAGGAACUACGAGUGGAGCUGUUGAGUUUUGAUGACGAGAAAGCGUACGCCCUGUACUCCACAUUUCAAGUUGGAGACGAGAGCAGUAAAUACCUGCUAACAGUGUCGGGGUAUAAUGGAACAGCGGGAGACAGUUUGGAGUACCACAAUGGAAAUAUGUUCACUACACAUGAUGAGGACAAUGACGGGUGGAGCGGUGGUAACUGUGCGGUAUACUACCACGGAACCUGGUGGUACGGUUACACUGCGUACUCCAACCUGAACGGUCAGUACGCCGGAUCCGCUGUGUCUGUUCGCAAAUACCCGCUAUGGUAUCAUUGGAAAUCCUCUAUCGCAUUAAAGGGGACAGCAAUGCUGAUUAGACACAAGAAUUAACAUCAAUAUAUACCGUGUUUGACAAAAUGACUAAAUCAUGUCCUGGUGGUAUGGUAUCUGUGCUGAAUCCAACCUGAACGGACAGUACGCCGGGUCCGCUGUGCCUGGUCUUCAAUACCCGGUCUGGUCUCUUUGGAAAGUUGACACAGCGUUAAAAGGGACAACAAUGCAGAGUAGACCCAAUUAAAUGAAUCAUGUCAUGGAUAUACUUAUGUAUCUAUGACAAAGAGAGAAUAAUUACGGACGCUUUAUGAAUAUCAAAAUCAAUGUAAUUGUUUCUUCAGUGAUGAACUGUAUCACUUUGUGUAAAAUGAUUGAGUUGUGUUCCAUUUAUUAGUAUAAGUCACUGAUUGUUAAACAAAUGAUUGUUCGUUAUCUUCACCUUGCAUGAUCAAUAUAUUAUAUGCACUACA